AAUGUUGCAACAAUGUAAAUGAUUAUUAUGUUCUAAGCGCGAAUACAUUAUCAAGUGACAAUUUCUAUGUAGACAAUUUUCUAUGUAAUCUUUUUUGCCAUGUAUCCUAUCAAUAAAAGACCUUUGUUAGGAGGAUCGGACAGUGAAUUUGAAGAUGACUUAGAAACUGAAAUUGAUGAUCCAAAUAUUUCUGUUCCGGAUGAAAAACCAUUUUUAAAACAACAUGAGCCCAGUGACAGGUAUAAUAUUGCAUACAUUGUUUUUUAUUUACUUGGAAUGAACACAUUAAUUCCUUGGAGUUUUUUUAUUACUGCAGAUGAUUAUUGGAUGUAUAAAUUUAGAGAAAUACAUAAUAAUUUUACGGAAAGUGACAAUUUUACUCAUGUAGAAAAUUUGGAAAAGAAAACUGAUCUUCAAGCAAGUUUUACUUCAUACUUAAGUGUAGCAAGUGCAAUACCUAAUACAUUAUUUUUAAUUGUAAAUGCAUUUAUUAGUAAAAGAAUUCGUCUGAGGAUAAGAAUGGUGGGCUCACAAUGCAUCAUACUUCUUUUUUUCAUUGUGACAACAACAUUUGUCAAAAUUAAUACAGAUAAAUGGCAAAAUACAUUUCUGGUUAUUACUUUGACAACAGUGGCAUGUGUAAAUGCUGCAAGUGCAAUAUUUGGAGGUAGCUUAAUGGGUGUUGUUGGACGUUUUUCUCCAAAAUAUAUAACUGCUAUGUCAAGUGGUCAAGCACUUGGAGGAAUUUUCACUGCUUUAACAGAAGUAUGCUCUCUUUGGAUUGGUGCUAGUCCAGUACUUUCAGGCCUAGUAUAUUUCAUUAUUGGAGAUGUUAUCCUGUUUUUAUCUUUAAUCGCAUACGUAAUGCUGGAAAAAGCAGCAUUUUUUAAACAUCAUAUGGUGGAAAGAUUUCCGGGAAACGUAGAAACAGAUUAUUCGGUAACUGGAGAAGUAACCUUUCCUCAAGGCACCACAAUAUCUUAUACUCGUAUUGUCAAAAGGAUUUGGCAUUAUGGUGUUAGUGUAUUCUUAGUAUUUUUUAUAUCAAUUUCUGUGUGUCCAUCAGUUACCGUGCUGGUGGAAAGUCAGUACAAAGGCAAAGGUUAUGCAUGGAAUGAUAUCUAUUUUGUACCUGUGGUGACAUACCUCAUUUUCAGUUCGGGUGAUUAUGUUGGAAGAAUAUUAUCAGGCAUUUUACAGUGGCCAAAAAAUAAGCCGUGGCACGUCAUACUUUUAAGUCUUGCGAGAGUAAUCUUUAUACCAGCUCUUAUGUUUUGUAAUGCACAACCUAGACAUCAUCUUCCUGUUUAUAUCAAUAAUGACUUUUAUUAUAUUUUAUUAACUAUUGUAUUCGCCAUUAGCAAUGGUUAUCUGUGUAAUUUAACAUUUAUUUUAAUUCCUACGGUUGUAGAUUCUCAGGAAAAAGAAAUUGCGUCUGCUAUGAUGGGUGCUUUCCUUGGUAUGGGAUUGGCAUCAGGCGCUGCUCUUAGUUUGUUUAUGGUAAAAGCACUUUAAUCAUUAUCAAUAAAAGAAACAACCACGAAAAAAAUGUAGGCGUUCAACUCACUGCCUAUUACGUACUUGACAUAAACUAGGACCACAGGACGCAUAGUCCAACCUUAUUAAAAUAGUACAGUUGUUUUAUACUCUGUAAUAAAUUGAUAAAUUUAAUGUUUGA